UGUCCUGCUGUUGUAAGCUGUAUCUGGCUGCUGUACAGCUGUUGUAAGCUGUAUCUUGCUGCUGUCUGAUGGUGUAAAUGAUGUCUUGGCUGGAGGAAAUACUGGGGACAGAACUCUUAAGACCUGACAAAACUGUCGUCCAAGUGAGCUCCCUUGUUGACCAUGACGUCAUAGGACUAUAUUUCUCCGCGGACUGGUGCCCACCGUGUGGGAAGUUCACCCCCACCCUGAUGCACUGCUACCAGCAAGUGAGGGGGAGAGGCAAGAGAUGGGAGAUAAUCUUCAUCAGCUUAGACAAGGAUGAGGAGAGUUGUCUCGCCUACCACAGUACAAUGCCCUGGUUAAUGCUGCCGUUUCACUCCCCACUCAGGGAACCAAUGCCAAACAAGUACUCGUUGAUUGGGAUUCCAGUUUUGCUGUUGUUAGACCCUAAGACAGGGGGACUCAUAUCGGACACAGGGAGGGCACUCGUGACUCAAGAUCAAGAUGGGGUGAACUUUCCCUGGCAGAAAAAAGAUUACGCCGAUAAAACUAGGCCAAGCUGUUUGUUGUGUUUCCAUCUCAGUACACGACACCAGUCGGCCGUGCUAGCUACCGUGCGGUGUCUACUAGACUUAGGAUCAGUGUUGGAAUAUUUGAAGAUGGCUUUAGUCAAGCUGUUGGGGGACAAGGUUGUGGGCAAGAAUGGUCAAGUGGAUGUCUCCUCCCUCUCAGACAACGAUGUUGUUGGUUUUUACUUCUCUGCCCACUGGUGUCCCCCUUGCCGUGGGUUUACGCCUGUUCUUGCAGAAUACUACACCAAACUAAGAAAUGCUGGGAAAAAAUUUGAAGUGGUCUUCGUCAGCUCUGAUAGUGAUGAGGCGUCGUGCCAGGAGUAUUUCAACAGCAUGCCAUGGUUGUUGCUACCGUAUGAGGAAAGGGAUACAAAGGAUGAACUAAGUAAUACCUAUGAGGUUAGUGGUAUCCCAACACUUGUCCUGCUAGAUGCUAAAACUGGGGACAUCAUCUCUACAGAUGGUGAUGAGAUUAUUUUAUCAGACACAGAUGGUGACAAAUUUCCAUGGAAAUAAAAAAAAAUAGUUGAUUAAUUUUUCUAAAAAAUGUAGCUAUUCAUUAAUUAUAACAGGUGACAUGUAUUUUCAUUUUUUGCUUAGUUAGCAAUAAGUUCAAGACACCUAGGUUAUAAUUUAAGUACUUGUUAGUGUUUUUAAAUAUUUAGUUUGAACACUGUUAGUAUGUGUAAUGCUUACAAAAUUAUUUACCUAGAUCUGAAUUACCACUUGAAUAAUGUAAUGUACCUGAUCAUUACAUCAGAUUUAACAAUCGGAUGUUUCGUUAUAACGCAGCAUUUUAUUGUGAUAUGUAACAUCAUAUCAAGUUUAUUUAUUAUAUACUUACAAUAUUUUUACAAUAUUUUUAGAAUGUUGAUAUUAUUUCUGAAACAAUAUUUUAUGUACUGGAAGCACAAUGUUUUGUUUUGUUUAUUAUGAAUAAAAUUUGAUUUUUGUA